UGAGAUGGGGGCGAUGGCGCCGCGCACGCUGCUCCUGCUGCUGGCGGCCGCCCUGGCCCCGACCCAGACCCGCGCGGGGUCGGGGUCUCACCGCGCGCCGCCCCCAGGCUCGCACUCGCUGCUGUAUUUCCACAGCGCCGUGUCCCGGCCCGGCCUCGGGGAGCCCCGGUUCAUCUCUGUCGGCUACGUGGACGACACGCAGUUCGUGCGCUACGACAGCGACGCGGAGAAUCCGAGGAUGGAGCCGCGGGCGCCGUGGGUGAAGCAGGAGGGGCCGGAGUAUUGGGAGAGGGAGACACAGAUCGCCAGGAGCAACCAGCAGACUUUUCGGGUGAACCUGAGGACCGCGCUCGGCUACUACAACCAGAGCGAGGGAGGCUCUCACACCAUCCAGGGGAUGUCUGGCUGUGACGUGGGGUCAGACGGGCACCUCCUCGGUGGGUACCGUCAGGAAGCCUACGAUGGCCGCGAUUACAUCGCCCUGAACGAGGACCUGACGACAUGGACGGCGGCAGACACGGCGGCGCAGAUCACCCGGCGCAAGUGGGAGCAGACCGGUGCUGCAGAGAGAUACAGGGCUUACCUGGAGAGCCGGUGUGUGGAGUCUCUGCUCAGACACCUGGAGAACGGGAAGGACACACUGCAGCGCUCAGAUCCCCCAAAGGCACAUGUGGCCCAUCAUCCUGGACCUAAAGGUGAUGUCACCCUAAGGUGCUGGGCCCUGGGCUUCUACCCUGCCUCCAUCACCCUGAUCUGGCAGAGGGAGGAAGAGGAACAGACUCAGGACAUGGAGCUGGUGGAGACCAGACCUUCUGGAGAUGGAACCUUCCAGAAGUGGGCAUCUCUGGUGGUGCCUUCUGGGGAGGAGCACAAAUACACAUGCCAUGUGUACCAUGAGGGGCUGCCUGAGCCCCUCACCCUGAGAUGGGAGCCUCCUCAGUCCACAGUCCCCAUCAUGGCAGUCAAUGCUGGUCUGGUUCUCCUUGGAGCUGUGAUCAUUGGAGCUGUGGUGGCUGUUGUGAGGAAGAGGAGGAGAAACCCAGGUGGAAAAGGAGGAGACUAUGCUCCAGCUUCAGACAUGGACAGUGACCAGAGCUCUGAUGUGUCUCUCCCAGACUGUAAAGCGUGAAGACCGCUGCCUGGUGUGGAUGCAGUGACAGACGAUGUGUCCAGGUCUCUCCUGUGACAUCCAG